AUGUCUGGAUACCAAUACGCAGGUCAGGAGGUGAACUACCAACUGAUCGCAGAUAUAGUACAACUCCUUGAAGAGAACGGUAUACCAUGUCUCCUAAUUGGCGACUACAUGUCUGAAGCCCUGGGAGCGCCUGGGCUCCGCGGCAACAUCGAACUCGUCCUCGAAAGCCAUGAUAUACACAGAGCAAUCCGCAUCCUCCGCAAAGCCAACUUUCCCGAUGAGCAACCCAUGUACUACACCCAUCUGCUCUGUCCCUUUCCCCACAUGGGACAAAGGACCUGUUCAGCCCGCGAAACGCCUUUCAUCCCCUACCACUCAUUCCACCUAAACGGGAUUGUCUGGGGAGAAAUGAACACAGUAUUUCACAUUGAUCUCUGUCUAUACGAGAAGCGAUAUCUCUUCUGGGACCUGCCUGAGCUCACUCUAGGAGAACUGUUCGAAGAUGAUCCGCAUUUCAUCCUCGCCAGUAAUCCCCGUCUCCCUCCCCAGAAGGACAAGCAGCAUUGGGGCCGGUUCCCUGAUACCCUGUACCCGGUUAAGAUGCCCAUGCCGGUGCGAUAUAUCGAGGCGAUGAUGCUUCUCACUGCCCGGGACUGGCAGAUCAAGGGACAUGGGUGGGCGUGGCGGGCCGAGAUAGUGUAUAUGUGGAAGCACGUAAAAAAAGGCGUGCUAAAGGAGUUCUUUGAGUUGGAUAGGUUCAAGCCGAUAUUUCGGUUCUGGUGGGCGGAUUUGGAGACUUCGGAGACAAUGCCCGGUGGAGAGGUGCUGUGUGUGCAUCAUCUGAGGGGGCAGUUGGUGGCGGCGGGUAUGAUGCCUGAGACGCCGCUUACUUGGUUGAAGACGUAUGAUUGA